GGUUCGAACCAAUAAACAGAGACGCUAUUGGUCGGCUCUGAACGCUCUCCUCAUUCAUUCGCUUGCCUUUUGUUUUGCUCUUCGGGUUUAUUGGUUUUCUCGGUUUGGAAAUACAACAGGGAAAACUCAACGGCGACAUGGCAGGAGGAAAAGCUGGAAAGGACAGUGGCAAAGCCAAGGCGAAGGCUGUGUCUCGCUCCCAAAGGGCUGGACUCCAGUUCCCGGUGGGUCGUAUCCACAGACACCUGAAGACCCGAACCACCAGCCACGGCAGAGUGGGAGCCACCGCAGCAGUAUACAGCGCCGCCAUCUUGGAGUACCUCACGGCUGAGGUGUUGGAGUUGGCAGGGAAUGCCUCCAAGGAUCUGAAGGUGAAGCGUAUCACUCCGCGUCACUUACAGUUGGCCAUCCGCGGAGACGAGGAAUUGGACUCGCUCAUCAAGGCCACCAUCGCUGGAGGAGGUGUAAUUCCUCACAUCCACAAGUCUCUGAUUGGAAAGAAGGGCCAGCAGAAGACUGCAUAGAGGAAGUGACCUCACACCACCAGGAAUUUUAUUUAUUUAUCUAGGCAAGUCCAGGAGGAAAGGGGAGCCAUAUUGAUUUUGUUUUGCAUAUUUGUUUGGGUUUUUGUAACCGUAGUUGUAGUCUUUGAGGUAUGUGUUGGUUUGUACUGUUUUAAAGGUGAAAGGUGGGGUGUUUAGGGAAGUUUUAAGAUUUUUUUUUUCUGACAAGAAACUUGUACAUUUUGUACAUAGACCAACAAAUGCUGAAGUUCUUGUCAUGUUCUGAAAAAGUUUGAGUUGAUUGGAUUUAGCUCCAAAAGUGUUUUAUACUUAAAGUUUUAAAAUCUUUUAAACAA